CCAAGCAAGGCGGCAGCAUCCGAUGGCGCCCAGACCGUCUGAUGGCGAGUUCCAAUCGAGGGCCCAGCAGAGCCCGUUGGCCUCCCAGCGACCUCCCGAAACUCAGGGGACGGCUUCGGAGGGAAAGACCACGAAACUUCCAAGCAACUUGUUUCCGCUAGGGUAUAAGGAAGGAUUCACCCAAUGGGUAUCACACACUCCCCUGACUCGUAGCUUUUCCGGAUCCCCUCUGAUGAUUAGUAGUGGACGGCGGUAUCUCCCACGGUUGCUGAAUCUACGGUUCUUGGGUUCCUGCCCUUCAGCAAAAAGCCUGCUCCGGCCACAUCUACGCAGGAGGGCCACGCGGAAGCUACCGCCAACCCCCCCUCGGCGGAUCAACACGGUCCACGAGAAUGUGCUUCGAAUUUGGUCCCACUCUCGGGCAAGAAUCGCGCCAUCAACGAGUUCAGUAUAACUCGCACCGCUGAGGGAACACCAGAGAACCACCUGGUUAUGCUCCACGGCUACGGCGCGGGCCUUGGGUUCUUCUACAAAAACUACGACCACCUCUCUCGAAGGCCUGGAUGGAAACUUUGGUCCCUCGAUCUGCUCGGCUAUGGCCGUUCCUCCCGGCCCCCUUUUAUGAUCAAAUCGAAGGAUUCCGAGGGGAAGAUCACGGAGGCGGAGGAAUGGUUCAUUGAUGCUCUGGAGGAGUGGCGGGAGGUCCGGGGAAUUGAACGAUUCACACUCAUGGGGCACAGUUUUGGUGGUUACCUUGCGGUGCGGUACGCCCUCAAGUACCAGAACCGCGUGAAUAAGCUUAUCCUAGCCUCCCCUGUGGGUGUUCCGGAGGAUCCCUAUGCGGUCCGGGAAGAGCUCCCGGAUGAGGGCGCUGGGGGGGGUAAGAGUGCCCUUAGCCAAGAGUACAUGCAAACCCAGGGGGAAGCAACCCGAAGCAACCCGAACCUCCCUGAUUCGCACAAAGCCCCAAAGGAUUCAUAUUCAUCCCCCUCAGCCCCCGUGUCGGCAUCCGCAUCGACGACCUCGUUGGGUGGCAAAAAUGUCAACGCACCAGCACCGAGGAGGCCUCUCCCUAAAUGGCUAGUAUAUCUUUGGGAUGCGAACAUUUCCCCUUUCUCGCUCGUCCGUUGGUCGGGGCCUCUUGGCCCUCGACUGGUCAGCGGCUGGACAUCGCGUCGUUUCAACCAGCUCCCCCCAGACGAAUCCCGCGCCUUGCACGACUAUGCGUACUCGCUCUUCCGCCAGCGCGGAUCGGGAGAGUAUGCCCUUGCCUAUAUUCUAGCACCUGGGGCGUACGCCCGACGCCCCCUUCUCUGGCGCGUCCAGGACCUGGCAAAAGUCAACAGAUUCGGUAUCCCGAGUGUUUGGAUGUACGGCGAGAUGGACUGGAUGGAUAUUGCUGGCGGAUACGCGGCGCAGGAGAAGAUUCAGAACACGUCUGUAGAGGAGGGGCCCAGUUGGAUCGGCGGUGAGGAGUGGCGUUCAGGAAAGAAGGGCAGGGGUGGCGAAGCGAAGGUUGUUGUGGUGAGGAAUGCGGGGCAUCAUCUCUACCUGGACGGGUGGAAGGAGUUUAAUGGCUUGGUACUGAAAGAGAUGGAGGACGUGGAGAAGCGAGAGAAUUUGAGGGGGAGGGUGGCAUAGGUUAUAGGGGUGGUUGAAGUGAUCUAGGGUUUGGUGUACGGUUCUGCGGUGUGGGGAUUUUUUUCCUUAUUUUUUUCUUUUUUUUUCUACUUUAUGGGUGGUCUUUGUAUGAUAUGAGCGUUAGUAUAAACAUCUAAAUUUCCGAUAG